UGGGUCAAAUGACAUGCAAAUGACGUCAAGAACCUAACCUCAAAGUUGCUUUUCUUUUUUCGAACUGAAAUUGUAAAGAUUGUAAUAUUGUAAAUAAAAGGUGUUUUUAUUCGAAAUUAAAAAAUGUCUUUUAUUUUAUUUACAAGUUUAUUAUUUUUAACUUUUUGAAAAAUGUGAAAAAUGUUUAUAAGAAAAAGAGUCAAUGAACUUGAAAUAAAUUCUCUCGUAUCUCAAUUGAGUUGAGAGGAAGAAAAUUUAUCGAGAUGAACGGAAUUUCGGGACAAUUUCGUAAGACAACAUGGGAUCCAUUUUUAAUAAUAUGCCAAAUAAUUGCCGUACAGACAAUAAUGUAUUUUUUCCUCGGCAUAUGGAUAUGGAUGACGGCAACAUUAAUGGGCUCGACACGUUCCCUUGACUAUGCAUUUCAAUAUAAAGAAAUUCAUGUACGUGAUUUUGGUGGUCAUCUAGUGAUAACGAUAUUUAUAAUAAAUGCCCUAAUUGGUGCACUUGCACUAUGGCGAAUUGUACAAAGAACAAAGCAAUGCAUGGAUUUUGCCUGUACAGCGCAUUUAAUUCAUCUUAUUUGUUGUUGGCUCUAUAAUGGAACAUUUCCAACGACAUUCAGCUGGUGGUGUUUAAAUAUCGUCUGUGUUAUUAUAAUGUGCGUGUGUGGUGAAUUUCUUUGCAUGAGAACUGAACUUCAAGCGAUUCCUCUCAGUAUGAAUAGUCAAAGAACAGCCUUAUAAAAAAAAAAAAAUUUAACGAAAA